UUUCUCUAUUUCUUAAAAGAACCAAAACCAAAUGUUAGCCUCUCCACUCUGCAACCUUCCUAAUUAAUCCAUCCAUAUGAAAACCAUGAAACCACCCUCUUCACUUUCUUCUUCCUCUUCCUCUCAUCUUCUCUAUCUCCUCCUCCUCUACCAUUAAACCUAUCACAGCAGAUUUCUGAUCUCUGCUUCCUUUUUAACACUAUAUAUAUAGCCUUGUUCAUGGGGGCUGGUAUUUCUUCUGGAAGUUCUGAUCUUGAUGAUGGAGGCUCUUCUUAUUCAUCAUCAUCAAGUCCCGGUCUUGGUGAUAUUCCAGAAAGCUGUAUUUCGUCUUUGCUGAUGAAUCUUGACCCGCCGGCUAUUUGCAAACUGGCGAGAGUGAAUCGAACUUUUCAUCGAGCAUCUUCUGCUGAUUUUAUCUGGGAAUCAAAGUUGCCAUCAACCUAUAAGUUUCUUGCCCAGAAAGUUCUUGCUGAUCGUCACAACGUCGAAGCCAUGACUAAGAAAGAUAUUUAUGCCAAACUGUGUCGUCCCAAUCUCAUCGAUGGCGGCACCAAAGAAGUUUGGUUGGAUAAAUGUAGUGGACAAGUGUGUUUGCUCAUAUCAUCAAAGUCUUUGAAGAUAACAGGAAUAGAUGACAGAAGAUACUGGAAUUACUUAACAACUGAUGAAUCCAGGUUCGGGAGUAUUGCAUAUCUGCGGCAAAUGUGGUGGGUAGAAGUGGUGGGAGAAGUAGAAUUGGAAUUCCCAAUUGGAACGUACAGUCUAUUUUUCAGACUCCAAUUGGGUAAGGCCUCAAAGAAAUUGGGCAGACGAGAAUGUAACCUGGCCCAAGUUCACGGGUGGGACAUCAAGCCCGUCCGUUUUCAGCUAUCCACAUCUGACGGCCAGGAAUCCGUCACCGAGUCGAUGUUGAAUAACCCUGGAGAAUGGGCCCACUAUCAUGUUGGAGACUUCGAAGUGGAGAGCUCAAAUAAGCCCAUUAAGAUAAAGUUCUCUUUGGCCCAAAUCGAUUGCACCCACACCAAAGGUGGUCUCUGCGUUGAUUGUGCCUUCAUAUGCCCUAAGUGAGCUUAAGGACCAAUUCAUGUUUAAUUAAGCAUCUUUACAAGAAAAAAUAGGCCUUUUCAUUAAGUUAUUUCUGUAAAUAACUUUCAGUUUGCUUGAAUAUUUAUGCAUGCAGAUCAUGUGAAUACAUAAUAAUCUUUAGUUUAAUUAGUGCGAUUGCAAGUUGCACAAAUUAUGAAAAAUGAGUUGCAUUGUCUA